ACAAUACCUUUAUAAAUCUUCUCACAGGAUCAUAAUCACAUUGAUGUAUUAAACCGGCUAGUUUUUACAAUACCUUAAUAUCUCUGAACAAAAUUAAAAUGGAACGAAAAUCCUCAAUAGACAGAAUAACACAAGCAUUGUCCAUGCUUAAAUCUGAUUUGAUGGAGAUGCGGAGUCAAGACGUAAAACUGAUGAGACAGUUGAUUUCUAUAAACACCGCCAUCAGCAACAUAACGAACAAGAGAGACAGGAACCCGGUCAUGAGGAGUGCGAGCUUUGGUUCCAUGAAGCGCCCUAACCUGGACAGAGUCCACAGUAAGAGAAGCACUGACAUUGUCUGUAACCUAAAGAACCCCCUGGUCAGACACAGAAGUGCCCCUCUAGUGGGGGAACUAAGGAGGAGUGAAGCCUUUGACCACGGCUUUGAUGAUUCUCUGGAGGAAUUGAGCGGGUCACCCUUUGAGUCUGAGAGUGAUCUGGAAUCUCUGUCUGGGUCCUCUACCUCUUUGUCGCCGGAAGUGAGCAGAAGCUGUCACCUGUCCUACAUGAGGCCUCUCCCGGAAGAGGACGACGUAGACGAGAAGAAAUAUCACGGGAUUCUCAUGAAGAACAUCAAGCUGUGGAAGUACUCACAAGAGUCUAUAAAUAGCUCCUACUCAACAGGCUCAUGACAGUGAUCGACAAAAGACAUUCUGGGGUGUCCUAUGGAUUUACAAACACUGCCUUCCCUAGUGGUGCAUGAUAUAUUUUGCGGUUAUUUUAUAUUUUUAAACGUUUUUCCCAAGAGUAUAUUGCACAUCACUGCCAUUGCAUGAAAAGUCUACUGAAACCAUUGAUAUAAAAAGGGGUUUCUAUUCGAAGCAAGAAAGGACUGUUACAGGAUAGUGUUUAUGUAGCUAUGCAAGACUCAUUUGCAUCCAUUUUAAUUUGUAUUCCAGAAGUGACGAGUUUGUCUUCUUAAUGGAUUAUGACGCACAUAUUUCCAUUUGAUUUUUAAAGUCCAACGUAUAUAAUUAAUAACAACUAUAUAUAUUUGCAUUUUAGAUGAUGGUGCUUAUAUUUAUUCAUUUUUUAAUACUUUACAUUUGUUGAAAUUUACCUUUCUUGUUAUGAGUUUAAAAUAAAAUCCUUUAAAAUCUAAA